AUGUCAGCAAGUACCGGGAUACUUCUAAACAGUCAAAUGUACGAUUUCUCGAUCCCCGCGUCAAGCACGCCACCACCAUCACCUGCAAAUUUUAUUCAACCGUUCAAGAGGCCUUUGUCGUCGAUGACACCUACCAUUGUCGUUAAGGACGGACGAAUAAAGGCAGUUAUAGGCGCAGCCGGAGGAUUGCUAAUACCCGAUGCGGUGGCUCAAGUCUUAAUAAAUCACUUAAAUUCGAAAAUGAAUCCACUCGUUGCUGUUACCGUUCCAAGAUUAUAUCACACGCUAUAUCCGAAUGUGCUCUACCACGAGGACUACAAAUCUCAAAACGGUCAUCAGUUCUCAUAUCGUUCGAAGAUGCUUAGAGAGUUGAAAAAGAAGGGCCAUGUUUUGAAAAAGAAUACCGCUUCGGCUAUAUGCUCGUUCGUCGUUCAAAAUUUAGAGGGUCCGGAUUCCGGUCAGCUUAUUGCUGUUACUGACCAAAGAAAAGGCGGCCUUCCAGCCGGAUACUAG